AUGGUUGGAAUUAUUAUUUUUUUUCUUCUAUUCCUAGUUAGUUGUUGUAAGAUAUUACUAUGUAGAGGAAAUGAAAAAGUAAAGAAGUUAGAAUGUCAAGGCAUUUUUAUUUAUAACGAAAGAACAGAAGUGAAGAAUAAAAGAGAAAAAGAAUAUUUAAUUGGUGACAGAAUACCUUAUUUUAUAAUUUAUAAAAGUGAAAGUGGUGGGAUUUACAACUCAAAUGAGCAUUUCAAUGGGUUAUCAAUUUUUUUGAAGGAAAAAGUAAAAAAUUAUGAACAAGGAAAGGAAAAAGUGUUUAACAACUUUUUAUAUAAAAUAUAUUAUUCUUCUGAGGUUUUUUCACCACAGUAUUAUGAAGUGUACACCAAUGGGGACCUGUUUACAUCAGUUAGUAGUAGACAAAAGGAUAACAUGAUGAAAUUGAAAAAGGAAAGAGAGAAUAAAUUUAUCGAAAGACAUAUUUUUGUUUUAAAAAAAAAUAUGAACAGCUUGUAUGUAAGCAGUACUUCGUUUGAUAAGUUGUACGAGGAUUGUUCAUUUGUGGACUUAACUGGUAUGCACAUAUUGAAGGGACGUAUUAAUGGGGCAGGUAGUCCCAAUGGUGCAUAUAGAACAGAUGGACAACGAAGGGCAAGUGGAAAAAUAAAUAAAAACUGUCUUUCGCACAAAUAUAUUUUACUUGAAUGGUUGAACGAAAGUAACUUGAUAGUAAGUAACAUUACAUUAAGCAAAUUGACAGAUAACAGAAAAUAUUUGUACGAAGGGAAGAAAGACAAGGCGGGAGCAAUUUAUACAGAGAAAGAGGAUGAACAGUACAUUUGGGUUUUCAUGUACAUAUCAAAGACAGAUUUAAUGAAAGCAUUUUUUGAUUAUCACUUGAAAUUGUUCUUCCUUCGAAUAGUGAAAAGGAAGAAUGACAAUAUUUCAAUGCUUUUUAAGUUUUUCCUUGCAAAUAACAUCAUAAGAAAUGUAUUUGUGAAAAGCUUCACAGAAAAGAGGGAGUACAAUACAAAUGAAAAGGAAAAAAUGAGGGAAAAAAAAAAUAUAUAUACAUCAUCUUCAUUUAAUACAAAAUACGUAUUUCAUAUUUCUUUUAAUAUGUAUACAAGAAAUUACAAAAGUGUUGAAUGUUUGUCUUUUUUUUUUUCGAAAUUUCAUUGUUAUGAUAAACAAAAUAAAAAUUUUUUUAUGAACAGCUUUGUAAAUAAUACACUAUAUUCCUAUUUAGAGGAUACUGAAGAAGAAGUACAAUAUGAAAACAAUACAUACACAAAUGGAAUGGAAAAAAAUCUUUUGUUGCUCGCUUAUAUAUAUUCCUCUGUUAGUAGCAUUAAUAAGGAAAAUUGUAACAAGUGUGUAAAAAGAAAAAUAAAUUUUUCUUUUUUCAAUUACGAUAUUGAAAAUUUCCCCUUACUUUUUCAAGAUCAUCUGUACAGUCAGGAAGAUUUUAUAAUUUAUAAAGAAAUAGAGAAUAAAAUUAUUUCAAAAAAAAGUAUAUUUAAUGUACUUGUUCAUAAAGAAAUAACAAGUGAAGGUAUUAACAAAAAUGCGAAAACGAAUGUAGUUGUACAGAUGGAGAAAAAUAGUCCUAUCCGAAAUAUGUCCUUUUUAAAUAAUUGUAAAAUAGUAAUGAUAGAUUUAUAUUCAAACAAUAUUAUUAUAGACAAAGAGAAGGUUAGAAACAAAUUGAAGCUAACUUUUUCCGAUGUUGAAAAUUGUAAAGAUAAAUCAUCUCAUAUUAUUGCAAAGUAUGAUGGUGGAAAUUUAAUUAAUAACGUUAAUCACCUACAUAUGUUUCAUCGUUUAUAUGUUCGACUGUCCUUACACAUGAGCGAUAUAGCACACCAUUAUCGUUGUAACAGUGUUAAUGAAGAAAAGGCCAGUUUUGAUGCACCGUGGAAAAAAGAGUAUAUCCAAUAUGGGAGUGGGCAAAAUGGUUACAUUGCUACUGGUGGUGCUACAGAUGAGGAAGAGGAAGACAUAAAAGGAAGGAAUACACGGAGAAAUAGAAGGAAAUACACAAAUUAUCUAUGUGGUGAGCACUUUGCUUUUUCUUACGACACAUUACUUAGCGGUCGAUAUGUUACACCCUGCCACGGAGAAUACCUAGAACUAGACAUGAAGAACGAUAGUGAGUAUCAAUGCACGGACUACGAUAUAGUGUCCAUUUCAAAUGCGAAACCUUUUCUAAAUUGCAUGCAUGAUAAGGAUAAUCCGAUAGAUAAGGAAGAAUACAAACAUGGUAAUUUUACCAUAUAUGCGGAUGAACAGACUGUUUACAUACGUGAUAUUGAAAACAUUGUAGCUACCCAUACUGCGGAUUUUUAUAUAUACUUGCAAGAAAAUGCCUUUUAUUCUCUCAUUUAUCCGAAGAAUGCAGAAAUUAAGAAGCAGACAAAUAAUAAUGAUCUUGAUAGUAUGAAAAAUACUCCUUUUGAAAAAAAAAAAAGAAAAAAAAAAAAGGAAAAAAAAGAGAAAGAGGAAGACGAACCUCAACCGAAUGAUGGACAUACUAGUGAAACUGAUAUAUCCCUUCUUAAACAUUUUAUUUAUGUAAAAACAAUAAAUUAUUGUGGUAAAAAGCACAAAAUAGUGAAUUAUAACAAAAUCCAUGCGAAUGAAAAAUUUAAGUACAACGUUUUGGAGGCGAACGAUAUACAAAAAUUGAAUAUACCUAUAUAUUACAGUUUGCUUUGCACGCAAAAACAUUAUUCCGAUGUUAUUUAUGUUUAUUCCUUUCCUAGAGGGAACGACAGUUAUCAGUUUAUUCUGUAUUUAUCUUCGCUUACAUCAGCUUUUUUAAUUUUGUUUACUUUUUAUCUCUCGUACAAGUUUGCUUGA